AUGUUUCGUCAACCGACACUUCGAUUCAGGCAAAUCAUUUCUCCCUGGCUGAAGCGGGGUGGUAGUCGAGCGCGAUCAGGAACAGAGCAAAGGGCCAGAUCCGGGAGUCUACGAACACCCUUCUGGAAUUCUGGAAGGGUCAUGCUUUUCUCGGCGGUUACGGGUACUACCACCUAUGCCUACGGCGUCAACGACGACCAUAAUCGGCAUCAGCUGCCGUGGUCAAAAACACAAGGGCCUCAAUAUGCGAAUAAAAGGGAUAUGGAAACGGCGCGUUUAGGGAACCUGAACAUGCUGGUAGAACCAUGCUAA